AAGAUUUAUUGACAAUUUUCACCACAAAAUGUGCAGCUUUGGUUUACAAGUGGGGUGAAGCAUUCGAUCAUGUGAGGACAUGCAUGAUUCGGAGAUUUGCCAAGAAAACCAAGCCUUUAAGCUCAAAAAUUCCCAAAUUAUCAUGUGUGGUCCUAAUGCUAACAUGUAGCGAAUUAGAGAUGACGAUUCAAUCCCACAAGGCCACAACCUAUUGUUGCCGCACCAAGCCCUCGGCAGUUCAGUGACGAACUUAGUCGCUGCCUCCAACGCUGGUUGCGACUUUCGGUUGUACUAAUUAUUAGGCACCAGGUUAAGAAUUUGUUUGGAUGGAUUAAAAUUGAGUGCUAAAUUGUAGUACUUAUUAGCACUUCUAUUUUUGCUAUUUUUAAAAAAACUUUGGCUAAAAUUUAGUCUAUCUUAUUAGCAUUUCCGUUUGGAUAGAAUAUUGUUAAACUUUACACUUUAGGGCAUUACCAUUUUGGAUACAAAUAUCCCUAACUCGUGUUGGACAUUUGGUGUCUAUAUUUCAAAAGUCGAACAUUUGGUAUCACCAAAGUUAGCUUUUGAUUGGUUAAUCACUUGCCAUGAUUCAAUGAGGAAAGAGCUGAAUAUUUAGCUGAAUUAUCAUUAAAUCAGGGCAUCAAGCCGUGCAGCUGAUUAGUAGUUCGACGUUGUUGCCAUUGAAUUUGUUAUCUUGACAGUUCAACGGAAAGGCACUGACGGAUCUCGCUUGCCACACACCUCACCAUCAACCAUUCAACCGGCCUCGUCGAACACUUUCAGCGUCAUUCUUCACUAGAGCUCGGCCGCACAAAGCCACCACUACCCGACGCCACAGCCACCAGCACUGCCCCCACUCGAUGGCCUCACCAAUCCGGCCGCCGCCGCCCCCGCCGGCGGCCGAUCCCGUCGCGCCUUCUUCUCCCCCUUCACAGCAUCUCUCCCGUGAUGGAUCCCUCUCGCCGGAGAACCCAGCAUCAGCUCCACCACCACCUCCUCCUCCUCCUCCUCUCUCGGCUGCUCCUACCCCCACUCCGCCUCCUCCCAGCGAUUCUUCUCCAUCCUCACCUCCGCAAUCCCCGCUGACGCCGCCGCCGCCGUCUUCGCUUCCGCCCAGCGCCGAUGCUUCUCCUCCCCUCCCGCGUGAGGGCCAAACAUCGCCGCCGCGCUCUCCGCCCCACCCCUCCCCGACUCCAGCAUCGCCACCUCCUCCAGCGCCGGCGCCCUCGGACGCCAAGUCGGAGCAGGAGGCGGCGGAAUCGGCCAGCGAGUCGGGGAGCAUGACGCUGGCCCUCGCGCCAACACAAGACUCGACGCCGCCGACGCCGCCGAAGGUUUCCUCGGCCGAGGCGUCACCGGCCGGUUCGCCGCUGAAGGAAUCGGCCGUCACCAUCGCGAAGCUCCUCUCCGGCGAAGACCUCGCGGCGGCGGAGGCGAAGCCCGCGGCGGACAAGGUUGCCCCUCCGAGCGACACCGGGUCACUCGCUGCGGUGGCAGCCGGCACUGGCGCUGGUGGAGGUGGAGGCGGCGUGGGGUCCAAGAGGUGGCUCAUAGGCGGCGGCGUCCCGGAGAAGGUGCGGCGCGCGGAGCUGAGGAGGGCCGAGCUGGGGUUUAGGGUUUCAGCCGCCGUGUUCUGCCUGGUUGCCCUCUCUGUCAUGGCCGCCGAUACCACGACGGGCUGGUCCGGCGACUCCUUCCGCCGCUACAACGAGUACAGGUAUGUACUUGCUGCGAGCGUCGUGGCUUUUACCUACUCGGGGUUCCAAUUGGUAGCCGAGGUGCAUUACAUUGUCACUAGGAGGCACAUCAUUCAAGCCCCGUGGCGCAGCUACUUCAAUCUCGCCAUGGAUCAGAUGUUAGCUUACCUCCUACUGUCAGCAUCUUCAGCAGCACUUUCUCGUAAUGAUGUUUGGAUGUCUCGGUUUGGAGGGGACCAAUUCACGAAACUGAUCAACGCUUCAGCCUCCAUGGCAUUCCUUGCUUUCAUUGCCCUUGGUCUUAGCUCAAUCAUCUCUGCUUACUGUGUCUUCAGCUUGGUAUCGUAGACCUAUUCAUGAGCAUUACUUGAUGUGAAUAGUAUGUCAUGGAUGUAUCUCGGGCCGCUGAACUUGGGUUGUGACAUCCUUAAUCUCUACAACUUGGGUGCACUGCUGCAGUAGUAGAUGGAACUCAAGAUUGGCUUUUAUAAAAAUUAAGUGGAUGUACCAAGGAUUCAUGCUGGUCUUCUCAUGAAUCUGAAAAGAUAUGCACCUGAGACCACUUCAAUUGCUGGGUAAUAAUUGCCAUACUAAUGUUGUGAUCCUGUA